AUGAGCCAGCUUUACUUCCCAGGAGCAGGCUCCAAAACCAGCCAAAAGGAGGCAUCCACACCAGCCUUUGGUAUCGAGAAGCAGUUGAAGGUUGAGGACGUCCAGGAGGCCUACAUUGAGCAGAGGGAUCGCUUGGUUCACGCCAUCGAUGCCUCUCAGACCAUCCUAGGCGACAUUCAGAAGUUCAACAAGGACGAGUGGGUUGUCCGCUAUCCCACGCUCAACGACGCCUCCCAGCAGGAUACUCCUACAUCCAACCCCCCUCGUGGCACACUGCGCCGUUCGCUUACCUUCGCCGAUGACCCCUCUUCCCAAACCGACGUUGUCUUCACACCCACUAGAAACUCGUUGAAGCGCGCCAACACCUUGGCAUCUGUCACUGAUGAGGCCCAACACGCCCCGUCAACGGAGGCUGAGGAGGUAGCAGAGGCUGAGCAGAAGGAAGUUGCUGAAGCAGAUCCUUUGCUUCCCCCGGCCAACCAGGGCGACUUCAACAUCCUCCGCCUUGACCUCAAGCUGGGUCCCCACGGUGCCUCCAAGUCGCCCUCUGCCUUGGUUUCGCAACUCGAGAAGGGAUCCAUUGCUAACUUAUUGGACGAACGUAUCACCUCGUCUUCUGGUCACCUUGACAAACUCAGGCUUCGCGUCGGUGACACCUCGUCCAAGGUGCUGGUCACUGGUGAUCUGAAUUCAGGAAAAUCGACUUUCGUCAACGCCCUUCUGCGCCGAGAAGUCAUGCCUGUCGACCAGCAACCCUGUACCACCGCUUUCUGCGAGGUCCACGAUGCUGCCGAGAAUGGCGGUGUCGAGGAGGUUCACAUCCUCAAAGACAGCGUUACAUACAACAGCUCGGACGAAUCCACCUUCACACGGGCUUCUCUCUCUGACCUUGAGGACAUCGUUGCUGACAACGAGGGUACUCAGCCGGUCAUCAAACUUUACCUUGGAGACAACCGAGCUCCGUCCGAGUCGUUGCUCAACAACGGCGUUGUAGACAUUUCCCUCAUCGAUGCUCCCGGUCUGAAUAGAGACAGCCUGAAAACCACCGCUCUGUUCACGCGCCAAGAGGAGAUUGAUGUGGUCGUCUUCGUUGUCUCCGCGGAAAAUCACUUCACAUUGUCGUCCAAGGAGUUCCUCUGGAACGCUAGUAACGAGAAGGCUUACAUCUUCGUUGUCGUCAACAAGUAUGAGCAGAUCAAAAAUAAAGAGAAGUGCAGGAGGCUAGUGCUUGAACAGAUCAAACAGCUCAGUCCGCGAACUUAUGAAGAUGCGGAGGAUCUGGUCCAUUUCGUUGAUUCUGCAGCUGCUCUUCGUCCUUACACUGCCAACCCCUCUUUUGACGACCUUGAAUCUUCCCUCCGUUCCUUUGUCCUUGUCAAGCGGUCCAAAUCCAAACUUGGUCCCGUUUCCACCUACCUCCUCAACCUGGUUUCCGACAUUGAGCUGUUGGUCGGAGCCAACGCCAUCGUCGCUCAGGACGAUCUUGAGAAGGCACAGGAUGACAUCAAUCGAGUCAAGCCUGUGCUCGAUCAGAUGAAGAGUGGUCGUGAGCGAUUCGAAGAGGGCCUGGAGACGGUUGAAGAAUCCGGUGCCGACACAACCGUCCGGCGGACGAAGGAGAUCAUCAACAACGCCAUUGGGCGUGUUGGCCAAGGUCUCCUUGGUGUUGACCGUGGCAUCUCCCUUCCUCCCUACCCUGGCCUCCUCGGCAUCUGGGACUGGGCUGGCGAUGUCAAGAAGACGCUGUUGGCCAGCAUCGACCUUGCGGUCAAGUUGGCGGAGGAUGAGGCUCGCAUGACUACUUCGAGGGGUGUCAAGGACAUUGUUCAGAUUGGCGAUGAACACCUCCCCGAGGGCGUAGAGCGUUCUCGCCGUGUCUUUGUUCCCGAGGCCAUGUUCUCAGCACGACCUGGCAAGAAGAACGGCCGCUCUAGCGGACGGCCAUCCACCGAAAUUGGACGCGCCGUCGUUGCCGGUGGUGUCCAUGGCCUCGGCAUUGGCCUUGCGCAACGCGGGGAUUUGGUCGAACCCUCCGCGCUGGACAUCUUCGACUUCCAACACCAGCUCUGGCUCCACUUUGGCGACAAGGAGGAGAAGGAGAGCGAGAUGAAGACCACGGCUCUUAGCGUUGUCUCCGUUGGUGUCGGCGCCCUGACAAUGGUCGGUGGCCAGGCGUUUGGUGCCCGGGGCCUCGUUGACGGCGUCCUCCGCAUUUCCGAGCUCUUCGGCAACGAAUCGUCGCGGAAGUGGAUUGCACCCGUUGUCGGAGCCUUUGCCAUCGGCGCAACCGCUUACUUUGUGUUCGAGCUACCCUCUUCGAUGCCGAGGACGAUCGGUCGCCGUAUUCAGCGCUCGCUCGUUCACCUGGAGGAAGGUGCCUCGGAGCAUGACUUGUUCGCCAAUGCCCACGCGUCGCGCGUGAGCCGCGAGACCCGCAAGGUCCUGCGACUUGCAUCGUGGGAUCUCCGCGAGCGCUUCCGCCAGGCAAUGGACGAGCGUGGUCGGGAGGUCAAGGACGCGGAAGAGCUGGGCCGCAAGGCCAAGAACGCGCUCGCAUUCUUCAGCCGCAUUGAGAAAGAAACGAAGACUGUCCGCGACGACGCAACCCUCGGAAGUGUAGUGUAA